UGUGACUGAAAGAGGCAGAUUAGGAGAGCACAGAAGCGGAGCGAGAUUAUUAGCAGUGAGAGGGGAAGAGAAUUGCAUUGCAGCGUUUACGGCAAGCUCAGAAAGAGGAAACAAACACGCAAAUUGCAUUGUGAAGUACUGAACGUGUCACAGAGAAGUUGAGAUUGUCAAGCAAGGCACAAACGCACACACAAACAUGACGACUUAAAGAGGAAGAGGACGAGUCCUGUGGACUACAGAGCGAACGCUGUGAGAUACUGAGACAUGACAGGCAGGCUGGUUUGGGUGUGUGUAGCUUGACCCACACGCUGAAAUUGGGGAAGGGAGAAAAGCUGCAAACACAAAGCAGAAAAACCUUCAUUCUGAGGACAUGGGGAGUGUUAGUGAAUUGUGUGUGACUAGUUUCCAAGCUUUCUUAUGUCCAACGUUACCAAGGAGUCUUUCAGUGCCUGACGACCUCACACCUGAGGAGCAGAAAGAGCUGGAAAACAUCCGCCGGCGAAAGCAGGAGCUGCUGGAGGACAUUCAGCGUCUGAAAGAUGAGAUCGCCGAAGUGACCAGUGAGAUCGAGAACCUGGGUUCCACAGAGGAGAGGUUGUCUGCUAAAUGUUAUUUACUACUUGCUCUCAUAUUCGAAUUGUUCAACAGGGAUGACUUCAAUAUCCAAGUCCUUCACGCUUUUGUGGAGCUGCACGAGUUCACAGAUUUGAACCUGGUUCAGGCUCUCAGGCAGUUUCUCUGGAGUUUCAGACUUCCUGGUGAGGCCCAGAAGAUCGACAGAAUGAUGGAGGCGUUUGCCCAGCGCUACUGCCAAUGCAACCCCGGCGUCUUCCAGUCCACAGACACAUGCUACAUUUUGUCCUUCGCCAUCAUCAUGUUAAACACCAGCCUUCACAACCCAAACGUUAAGGACAAGCCCACAGUAGAGCGCUUCAUCUCCAUGAACAGAGGCAUUAAUGAUGGAGGAGACCUGCCAGAAGAGCUGCUCAGGAAUCUAUAUGAGAGCAUCAAGAACGAGCCCUUCAAAAUCCCUGAGGAUGACGGCAAUGACUUGACGCACACUUUCUUCAACCCAGACAGAGAGGGCUGGCUGCUCAAACUGGGAGGAGGACGCGUCAAAACCUGGAAAAGACGGUGGUUCAUUCUCACAGAUAACUGCCUUUACUACUUUGAGUACACUACUGAUAAAGAACCAAGAGGCAUCAUCCCCCUGGAAAACCUCAGCAUCCGUGAAGUGGAGGACAAGAAGCCGAAUUGCUUUGAGCUCUUCAUCCCUGACAAUAAAGACCAGGUGAUCAAGGCAUGUAAGACCGAGGCGGACGGACGGGUCGUUGAAGGAAACCACACUUUCUACCGCAUCUCUGCUCCCACCGUCGAGGAGAAGGAUGAAUGGAUGAACAGCAUUAAGGCGGCCAUCAGUAGAGAUCCUUUCUACGAGAUGCUGGCAGCGAGGAAGAAGAAGGUCUCCUCUAUGAAGAGACACUAGAGCUGCUCAGGACGCUGGUGUUACAGAUUCAGGGCUACUGGAACGGCUCCCUCUCGUGGAGACAACUGAGCUGUGCAAAGAGAAAAACAACCCCAGCUUCAGAAAGAAACCAGACCGGAUCAGCGAGGUCAAACCUUGCUAGACUUGGCACCUCUUUUUAAACGUCUUCUUGCUCAGCUCAAGUGCUUGUGUGUGUGUGUGUGUGUUGGAAGGAAGUCAGUAGGCUUUUUGCUUGCUGCUGCUUUCUCGAAACCCCCAAAGAGAACAUUUUUCCUCAUGCUUAACCAAAAUACGCUCUUUCUGUUUCUCUCGCUCUGUCCUCUUUCUAUACCUCUCGUCUCUUGCACACACGCACACUCUUGCAUUAUCUGAAAUCAGCAGGUCUGACAGAAUGUGGACAACCAAACGGAAGCUCCUACACGCAUCGGAAAAGGAAGAUUUCCUUCGUGCUGAUGAUAUGUACAGGCAAUUUUUUUUUUUUAAAUCUUGCACAAGCGGUCUAGUCCUCAGAGGUUUAUUUGUGUAUUUAAUUGUAAAAAAAAAACAUUUUCCAAGAGACUUCUAUAAUUUGCAAUGGAAAUCCAACUUUGUAGGGAGGGUGGGAAAUCACCCUAGAUAUGUUGGCAGAUUGAUUAGCCCCUAACGGUAAACGGCUCCAUGGGCAUUUGUUUAUUUUCUCAGCAGACGCCAAUGUCUUGAAAUGCGACAUGCUUAUUUAGCAUGUUGUGAGAAGCUGCUGCAGUGCUGUGAAUAUUGGCAGCCGGGUUUGCAUUGUAACACGUAAGCAGAAAGACUGGAUGGGAUAUCACCAUUACCAGGAUAUCAUGCAUUGGUACUACCUCUCAGACAGACAGGACGGUUAUUAGCAUAUGGUUUUUAUUUUAUGUGAGGUCAUCGAGUGUUUGGACCUUCCAAUAAAAUGCUUUUAAUAAAAUGAAUAAAUGUGCCUACAAACAAAUUCAAGUUCAGUGUCAGUAAAGACUGUCAAUGGCAGUUCAAUCAGAAGAUGCUCCAGUGCCUGCUUGCGUUUCUCCAGUCAUCCUUUCAGUUAUUCUUCAAGCAAAAUGUUCAAUCUAAGCAGUAUUGGUUUAAUUUAUCAAAGAUGUACAUACUUUAGUGUAUAGAGAAUAUUGGUUUCCAUUUUAUAAAUGUGUGUACUGUAUGUAGCAGUAUUGUACUAGUCGAGUGCCAUUUUCUUUCUUUCUUUUUUUUUAUCUUUAUGUUCUGGAGGUCGAUACCAUUGUAGUGGUAGCCAGAUCGUGCUGAAAUAAAGACAUUAUAGCAGCU